CUCACUUCAGACCUCGACGGUAGACAGAGAGAGACAGAGGAUCAGGAUGGGCCGGUUUAGAAAUGUUCAGGUGUUUUUAUUUCUUACAGUGCUGGGUCAGCUCACAGGUAAGAUUAUUUAUGUCAUAUUUAAAAAUUAAAGACAUGAUGCGUUGAAUAGAAUAAUGAACAAAGUAAGCAUUUUCUGAUUUUCAUUCCUUUGUAGCAGGACAAAACCAGCCCCACUACUUCACUGUCCAAGCUGGAGAUGAAGUUGUGUUGCCCUGUAAGAACAUGAUCAACACUCAGCACAAGUGCAACAGCGCAGUAUGGAUCUAUGACAGUUACAGAAAUACAGAGGCAAUAGCGUUAGUCAAAGAUGGGCAGAUUAUUGAACAGCACAAGGACAGACUGAAUCUCACAGACGACUGUUCCCUGCUCAUUAAGAAAGUCGACCUGGUAGACACCGGCCGAUAUGACUGUAAAAAGUUCAUAUCAGAACAUCAACUCGGUCCAGGCACAGAGGUCCAUCUUUCUGUGGCUGCCUGUAAGUAUCUACAUUAGGGCUGUUGCAGGGAGGAAACUGGUGGUUAAGGGUGGUGCAAUAACACGGUAUGCAGCUUUAUCAAUGCAGAGGUCUGUUUGUCUUUAAAUAGUUCAUCAUUGCUGUAACUUUUGAUUUACUGUCAAGGUGAUGAUUUGUCAAAUCAUGUAACUUGAGCAAGAUUACAGCCUCAUGAAUUUGAUCUCUGGAUUUUAGGGAUGUAAUGUUUGAAUUUUAGCUUUUACUAGACUUGGAUCGUGGGACCCUCUCUUUGGAUCCUCGAAAUGUAGUACCUUGGUAUUUCAUUUUUGUGGUUACUGCAGCAACCCUAAUCUAUAUCCUCCUUCUCAGCUCCAACUGUUUAUUUAGAAUAACUCAUUAACAAAGAUGUGGACGUAUUUUCUUGUUGUCUCACUCUCAUCAUAUCACCAUCUCCACCAGUAACCACUCUUAAGGGCCCAAUUCUCCACUGCGGUUUGCUCUCACCUGAAGUCUGUAGCUACACUGUGAGGUGGCUGUAUGUGGGUGAAUAUGUGGAUGAAGCCCUCGAGACUAUAAGAUCAUCACCAUUCGGCGAAGGCUGCCUCACCUCCUCUGAAUUAAGUCCUUCCUUCACCAACUCUUCAGACCCUAACCUACUCAUAUGUGAAGUCACAAACGGUUUCACUGGAAAAGUUCAAUAUUUUAACCAAGAGUCCACAGGUGAGUGUUUUAUGAAUACAACAAGUAUUUUAGCUGUAUUCUUUUAUUAGUUUUUAAAGUUCUUCAUGGUCUUGGUCCUUCUUAUUUGUCUGAUUUGCUUUUACCGUAUGAGCCUAGUAGAGCCCUCAGGUCUUCAGGUGGUUGUUGUAACUAAAACAUAUGGUGAAUCAUCGUUCCAACAUCACAGUCCCCAUCUGUGGAGCAGCCAACCUGCAGACCUGAGAGCGACAUCUACCGUUUAUAUUUUAAAAACUAAACCGACCUUUUUAGUCUGACUUUUAGUUGAAUUUUGGUUUUAAUCUUUUAAUCUGCAUUACAUGAUUUUACCCUAUUUUUGUCCUACAGUAAUUAUUUUGUGUUUAAUUAACCCUUUUAUAAUUUACUUUCUGUUAUUGUUUAAUUUUAAAACUGUUUAAUUCAAUUAACCUUUAACGCUGUAUUGCCUUUAUUAUAUUUUAUUAUGGUUUUAUCGAUUUAGUCCUAGAUCCAGUGUUUCCUCAUUUUUUAAACUCAAGAUAGCAUUUCCUCAGUCAUCUGUGGCAAGUUGAAGAGUCCUCACCUGGUCUUUUGUGUGUGUGAGCGUGUGAGUGCUCGAUGUGUCGAAUGGGGGUUGGCUGGGUAGGUCGCUGCACGAAUGGACAGCACUUUGUGUUACAUUCUAUGUAUGAAAAGUGCCUUAAAAAUAAAGUUUGAUUGAUUGACUGAUUGAUCAAAGACAAAAAAAAAAGUAAAAAAUGAACAGGGAUUUUUUUCCACAAGAAUGAAGUCAUAUUUAAAGACAUUAAUUUGGUCAGCAAUGGUGGAUUUUAUUGGAAUCUCUGACAAAAGUGUGAACCAGAUCAGCCUGUAGAAAACGCAAUUGCAGUUUCAACCUCUAGUGGGCAGCAGCUGAGGCAUAUUCCUAACACAACACGAGAAUUUUAAGAUUUUGUGAGCAGAUGUUGACACCAUAGACUGUAUAUACUAUGGACAACUUGGUUCUGCCUUCCCCCAGUAUAUAGAUUUGAAGCCAAGAAGCUCUUGGUAAUGCCACGUUUUCUCUCCCUUUCCUGAAACCAACAUUGCACAGUUGCGUCGUACGCACUCCAGUAGCUACGCAACCUUGUACGCCCAUAGGCUGUAUCAAGUGUCAAUCAUAGAAAAGAUGAACCCCCUGAUAACUUUGAAAAAUGGAGCUGCAUAGAAAAAAGAGGACUUGAGCACAAAACAGUCUUACAAUAACUACAUGUCAACAUUGCAACCAGGGGGGAGAAAAAUGUAUGUUCUGUGUAAUUAAUUUCUAAAGUUUGUCUACAGCCCCAUAAGCUUUGCUGGCGGGAGAUUUAUGACCUAUACUGCAGCCUGUCACCAGAGGGUGCUGUUCUUGGAGUGGCUCCCCCCAGCAAGGAGGCAGACGACAUCCAUUCUAUAUACAGUCUAUGGUUGACACACAGACAAUAUACAGAUCAACACUACUAUUAAAUCCCGACAUGAAUUGUUGUUUAGCUGAAAAUAGUGGUCUGGGGGUUAAGUUACACUUAACGAACAAUUUAACGAGACUUUUCCCAUUUCUCAUUUUGUGCAGAUGGCUGGCUGCUCACCGUAAACCAAAACUUUAUUACAACUUUAUUCUCCUAACAUUUUAAACGUUUCUCAUAACUUUGAUCUCAUAACAUUAGACUUUAUUUUCUUCUGACUUGAUUCUCAUGAGAAAUGGCUUGGAAAAAACUUUAUAUUCUGGAAUGUGGCCCUAAUAAUCGUAAGAGAGCAUGUUCAGAUAAAACUGGAUUGAACAGAAAAUAACUCACUAAGAGAAAGAAUUAUAACCAUAUUGUAUAAAUGUGUGUUUUUGUGUGUUAUUCACUGAACUGCAGCAAAUACAGAAGCUGUCCUCUACACUGCUGUGGAUGGAGAUAACGUCACUUUGUCUUGUGGCAGUGUGACUGAAGAUCAUCAUAAUUGUAAUGAUAUGACAUGGACCUACACCGGAUCAGAACAAAAAACAGCAGAGCUGGUUAAACUCGGGCAGGUUGGUGAAAAUACUGGAUCCAAAUCAGACAGACUGGGUGUAACAGCGAAUUGCUCUCUGGUUGUAAAGAAGGUCAGAGACGAGGAUGUUGGACGUUACAUCUGUCAUCAGAACAACUCAGGACAAGGACCAGCUCGGUUCAGUCUGGUCUAUCUGUCUGUGGUUACCAGUGAGUAUUAGAGCAUAACUUUUCAGUGGGCUUUCUACGUAGAGACCCACUUUGGAGUUAGUUUGUCUCUUUUUUGCUUUCAGUGGCUGAGCAAAGAAACAAUGGGAGUACAACUUUGAUCUGCUCCGUGUCCUCAUAUGGAAAGUGCAUGCGCAGAGUCACCUGGCUGUUCGAGGACAAGGUUUUGAGCGAACAUCACCAAGGCCGGCUGACUCCACAGCAUCCCUGCUUUGUCUCAGCGACCUUUCAGACUCACCAAACCAUCUACAAACUCAGACACCAGUCACUGCAGUGUGGAGUGACUAUUGAUGAAAACAUGCUGCUAUUUCCUUUCAGAGUCCAGGCCCCUACAGAGAAAUUAGGUGAGAAGAUAACACCUCGAUUAAAGUCACCACUAAGCAAAGUUAAUAGAUUUACAAAUUUGUGGUUUUAAAAUCAUUAAAAUGCUCCAUUGAGCUGUCAUCUGUUUCAGGUGAGGACAAAAGAACUGAGCAAACUGAAUCAACAGCACCAAGUGAGAGCAGCAUUAAAACAGGUAAUAACAGCGGCCUCAUUGUCUUCUUAUCGACGGGCACAGGCUCCCAGUUUCUGUUGGAUUUAAGGUCCUUACACACUGGGAACCACACAAAUAUACUAUGCGGAAUUACGAAAUAUUCAGAGGAGAAUUUUGAUGCGUCUUACUAUACACAUCAAGCGCAAUGCGAUUUUGUGUUUGGACACACCUUCUCAUUCAAUGUCUUUUCUUUGUUUUUUUUAUAUGACUACUUACAUUGUAGAUUAUCACUGAAGGCAUCAAAACUAUGAAUGAACACGUGCAGAAUUUUGUAGAAGUGUGAAAUAACUGAGAACAUGUUUUAUAUUCUAGUUUCUUUAAAAUAGCCACCCUUUGCUCUUGAUAACAGAAGUACUUAGUCACGAAGUAACCCUGACAAGGCACACCUGUGAAGUAAAAACCAUUUCAGGUGACUACCUCAUGAAGCUCAUUGAGAGAACAGCAAAAGUUUGCAGCGCUAUCAAAAAAGCAAAGGGUGGCUACUUUGAGGAAUCUAAAAUGUAAGACAUGUUUUCAGUUAUUUCACACUUUUUUCUUAAUUCCACGUGUUCAUUCACAGUUUUGAUGCCCUCAGUGAGAAUCUACUAUUUAAUUAGUAAUGAGAAUAAAGAAAAUGCAUUGAAUGAGAAGGUGUGUCCAAACUUUUGGCCUGUUCUGUAUCUGAACAGGUUAGCUUAUGAGCUAAAGUUACUUAGCACAGAUGAAAGUUAAAACAAAAACGUUUAGCAAACUGUUAAAGCACACAAACUAUUGUCAUAUGAGAAAUCUGACGCUAUGACUCUCCACAAGUUGUCCUUCAGGUCGUCAUCUUUGUAAUAUUUGUUUUUUAUCAAAAAGCACUCUGUUCUCUGACACGUAAACAAUUACCCGGUCGGCCAUGUUGGAUAUACCAGUGAAUCUGACGUUGCAACAACACGAAAUCUGAUUGGUCAGAAGUGGACACUCAGUAUGCGAAACUUUAGAAAAUUUGACUGUGAUACCUAAAAAAUAAAUGCCGUAAUAUCGCAGGAUUGGAAAAUGUUGCUGAUGUGAACGCUUGUGUUGACAGGAUUCGUGUUCGAAAAAAAAUAUUGACGUCCGAAAUAAUCACACGAAAAAAAUGCUCCCGGUGUGAAAGGACCUUUACUCUGGUUUCUCAAAAGGUCCCUGACAUGAUGUUACAUCUACAUAUGCUACUUGGUGUUAAAGGGAUAUUCCGGCGUAAAAUUAAUUUACGGUCAAACACACCAUAACACAGAGUUAGACACCCCCUUGAGACAUGAAUGUUGCCGACCGCUUGCUUCUCUAGUUAUACCAACUAGAGUAACAACCGCAGAUUGCAAUACACAGCAGUCUGAAGAGCCAUAAACAAACCUCAACCAAAAAGCCACUCUGUAGCCACAAAUAAUGCCCAGAACAGCACCUAACUUCAUCAACAGUACAUAUAGGGUCCCAGCCAGAGCACUAGCCAUCAAACAUCUUUUUUAGCUUUGCCUGGUGUCUUUAGCAAAGAGACUAAACACAACUCACCUACUCUCCUCCAGCAGCCGCUUGUUGGUAGCAACCUCAGGUUAGUCCAUUACGGACUACAGCGGGGUGAUGCAGCUCAAGGAAGAACAUUUAUGUUCAUUUUUUCAUGGAAAUGCAAUCAGACGGAGACACUAAGGCAGAAGAACUACUGUGUCUGCAGUGCAAAAUGAUUAAUAUGGUGAUUAUUACUUCAAGGAAAUGAUAAAGUAAUGACAUUUCUUGCCUUUCAGUCCAUUUGAGGUACAUUAUCGUGACUGUGGGCUUAUCAGCUCUCAUCAUUAUUGUUGUGAUGGUCAACAUUUGGACCAAAACUAAAGGUGGGAUUCAAGUUUUUAUCAACAUGGAUUUGUCAAUGAAAACGUUAGGUGACUCUUUUUUUUACUGUUUUUAUCUUGUUUGUUUCAGUGAAAAAAUCACAGAGGAAAGAAAAUCAGGUGGGUUUUUUUGUUUUUAAACACAAAACAAGCUAAUAUGAUAGACAAUCACAAGUAGGUAUACACAGGUGCAGUACAAAAAUUAUGAAGUCCCUAAAAAGUUAAUAUUUCCCAUAAUCUAAUCUAAUGAGUGAACCUCCCAUUUAUCCCAGAUAUAUCACACACAAAGUGAAAAUUUGAAGACUGUUUUUGUUUGAAUCUUGAUGAUUUUGGCUCACAGAAGUCAAAAAUCCACUAUCUUCAAACAUUUAUAUAUUGGGGAAAAGUCCAGUUUCUUGUUAGUUCCUUCAGUCUGUAAAGGAGCUUGAAUCAGCUCUGAACACCUGUCUGUGAUAAUUUGAGGUGCCAUGUCAUCUGCUGCUGCUGUUGGUCUUUAUCAAGUCCAGAGUCAACACCACCUGAGGUCUAUCAGGAGGUUUGCGAGACCUUAAAGGGACAUUCUGUCAUGAAAUUAAGUUAGGGUCAAACACACCGAAACACUGAGUAAAAGACACCCCGUCGAGAGAUGACUGUUGCCGACCGCUUGCUUCUCUAGUUAUACCAUCUUUAGUAACGACGGCAGAUAGCAAUACAGAGAGCUACGUGCUCAACCAAAAAGCCACUCUAUAGCCACAAAUAAUGCUCAGAACUGCACCUAACUUCAUCAACAGUAUAUAUGGUCCCACCCAUAGCACUAGCCACCAAACAUCUUUUUAGCUUAGCCUAAUUUCUUUAGCAAAGAGACUAAACACAACUCACUGUUUAACUUGGUGUUACAAUGUGUUUGACCCUAACUUAACUUUACGCCAGGCUAUUCCUUUAAUGCUUCCAUCUGCUGAGGUGAUUUAUAGAGAUACAGACUUCCUUUUCCAGCUGCACCUGGACCCUGCCCACAGCGCCAAAGAUACCAGAAACUGGUUAGCUUAGGAAUCCUGUAGACUCUACAGGGUUCAGGUCACUAGAGCAACAGUACAGACGAGCUGAAGGAGCUAUCAGAGAGACUUGGACUUCAGUAAGACCCCAACAGAGACAGACUGAUCAGCUCCAUGACACGUCACACUGACGCAGGAAUUCAUGAUCAAAUGAUUGAAUGUGAUGAGUUAAGUAUGUGAACAUCAACAUAACUGAGAAGGACCUAAAGUUGACUACUGUUGUGUUUGUGUUUACUCCCUCAGGUGGGGGGUGGUGGUGAUAAUGAAGAUGCUGUGAAUGAUGAAAACAUCAGAUCUUCUGCGCUGGAAUGAUCAACAGCAAGCUGAUGUUUGAUGGGACUUUUUGUAGUCAAAAUCCACCUGAAAAUUUGACAGAAAUGUGUCUGAGAUAACCUGUAAACAAAGAGGAGUUAUAUUUCUGCGGUGUAAGAUACAUUAGAUCAUCUUUGAGGACUUAUAACUGUAAAUACAUAUUAUUCUUUCAAUAAUGCUUUUCAUUCCAUUUAAUUUUUGACUGCAUGUUUGCCUUUAAACGUUGCUUUUUUUCCUGUUUUGAGGAUUGUGUUCAUGUUUAUUAAAGUUGUUUUACUUGUACUAAGGUGUAA